GCGCAGGCAAAUAAGUAGUCAAGUCCAACAUUAGUAAUAUUAUGCAGCUAGUAGUGGUUGCGAUGAACUGCAGGCAAACGGUCCUCGUACGUUCCCGAUCGAAUUAUGCGUGAUAUUUAAAAUAGGUUUUUUUAUUCUUUUCGAAUUCAAUCCGUACGGAAACCGGACGCUGAUAUCCGUACGACUAUUAUUUAUAUAUUAUAUAAAUAUAUAAACGUACUAUCAAACACUGCGCGCAAAAGUUUUCAUUCUGUUGCCGCUGCAGCGAUAAUUAUUCAUCAUGACCAUAAUCGAUGAAUCCAUCGUCGUUCCCAUGAACGAGCUGUCCAACGUUAAACAAGACGGCCGUUUAAUUAUCGAUCCCGUGUCUGUUGACAGGAAAUCCGGCGCGGUCAAAGUGACGAUCACGCCAUGCCAGCCCAAGACCCUGAGUCACCUGCCCAAGAGGCCGCCUGUGGACAUUGCCUUCUCCGACCUCAUGUACACCGUGACCGAAGGCACCAAAAACACUUCCAAAAAUAUUUUAAAAUCCGUAAGCGGCCGUUUGAGAUCAGGCGAGUUGACUGCCAUCAUGGGGCCAUCCGGUGCCGGGAAAUCCACACUGCUGAAUAUUCUCACCGGAUACAAAUGUUCCGGAGUUAAAGGUUCCAUCACGAUUAACGGGCACGAAAGAAAUUUGAGUCAAUUCAGAAAACUAUCAUGUUAUAUUAUGCAGGACAAUCAGCUCCAUGCCAAUUUAUCUGUAGAAGAAGCUAUGCAAGUGGCUACUUCGCUAAAGUUAGGGUCAGACAUAUCGAAGGACAGCAAAUAUCAAGUGAUUCAAGAAAUAUUAGAAACAUUAGGUUUACAGGAACACCGAAGGACAAUGACAAGCAAUUUGUCAGGUGGACAAAAAAAACGUUUGUCCAUUGCUCUUGAACUUGUGAACAAUCCUCCCAUUAUGUUUUUCGACGAGCCAACUAGUGGCUUAGACAGUAGUUCUUGUUUCCAAUGUAUUUCCCUGCUGAAAUCGCUGAGUCGUGGCGGCCGUACAAUCAUCUGUACGAUUCAUCAACCCAGUGCUCGGCUGUUCGAGAUGUUUGACCAUCUGUACACCCUUGCCGAAGGACAGUGUGUCUACCAAGGAUCCACGAAACAACUCGUCCCUUUCCUCGGCACCCUCGGACUCGAAUGUCCCAGUUAUCAUAAUCCCGCGUCUUACCUUAUCGAGGUGUCAUGCGGCGAGUAUGGAGACAAUGUACGUAAAUUGGUGACGGCCAUUAACAAUGGAAAAUAUGAUAUUCAAGUUGGUAAACCAUUCCCGCAACCAGAAAAUUUGAAUAAUGUCAACCAGAAGGAAAUAAUGAAAAGUAGCAACUUGUCUUCUAACUUUAUUGAAAUAGAUAAAUUAUCAAAAUCUGUGGAUUCUGAUAGUUUAUUGCAGUAUUCAGGGAAUCAAUUUUCUAAACCUGAUGACGCUAUUAAUACUGAAUUGAGUUCGAUUAAAACUGGAAAUCUAAAUAAUGCAGAUGAAGCAACUGAUACCUUAUUAAAGAACGGUUUACCAAGUAGUCAACAGCGAUAUGCUACAUCUGAGUUUGCUCAAUUUUGGAUUGUUCUCAGGCGGACAUUACUGUUUAGCAGAAGAGAUUGGACUCUUAUGUACUUACGUUUGUUUGCACACAUUUUGGUCGGGUUUUUAAUUGGUUCAUUGUAUUAUGAUAUUGGUAAUGAUGGCGCCAAAGUACUUAGUAAUCUUGGAUUUCUAUUUUUCAACAUGUUGUUCCUUAUGUACACAUCAAUGACAAUUACCAUUUUAUCAUUCCCUCUAGAGUUGCCCGUUUUGAUCAAAGAAAAUUUUAAUAGAUGGUAUUCUCUUAGAUCAUAUUAUUUGGCAAUUACAUUAUCAGAUAUUCCGUUCCAGGCAAUAUUUUGUGUCAUGUAUGUGGGUAUUGUGUAUUACAUGACUUCACAACCACUUGAAAUGUUCAGAUUUGGUAUGUUCUUAUCAGCCUGUCUUCUCAUAUCAUUUGUUGCUCAAAGUGUUGGACUCGUAGUUGGAGCUGCGAUGAAUGUACAAAAUGGAGUGUUCUUAGCACCAGUCAUGUCUGUACCUUUCUUGCUGUUCUCUGGUUUCUUUGUGAGCUUUGAUGCUAUACCUAUUUAUUUGAGAUGGAUCACAUACUUAAGUUAUAUCCGUUAUGGUUUUGAAGGUACAGCAUUGGCUACUUAUGGUUACAAUCGAACAAUCCUCCAAUGUCACCAGAUUUAUUGCCACUUCAAAAAACCGAGUACCACACUAAGGGAAUUAGAUAUGACAGAUGCAAGCUUUUCUUUGGAUAUUGUCGCCUUGAUUAUAAUAUUCUUUGUGCUACGUAUAUCUGCAUUCAUAUUUCUCCGAUGGAAGCUCAAGUCUUCACGUUAAUUUAUGUAAAUUAUUUAAAAGCUCUUCUAUUAUGAUCAACUAUACGCUAAUAGUUAAUUAAGAUAUAAAAUUUAUCUGUGAAUGUAUAUAUAGUAUAUAUACAAAUCUAUUAUUAUAUUUUCUAUAUUAUUAUUGCUCGGUUAUGGUUUAUACAGAUUUUAUAAUAAUUAAAUGUAAUUUUGUGAUAUAAACAUUUUUAAGCAAUAUAUGUAUUUUGAAGAAAAAAAAAACUACAAGGCAUUUGUUUUAAUAGAUUUAACAUAUCGUUUUGUUAAGUAACUGUGGUUAAUAGUUUUCAUUUGUUUAUUUAUUUUUUUAUUUUUUUUUAUGUGUGUUUAAUCUUUAGAACUGCGACCAAAUUUUAUCAGAUUAAUUAAUAACUUAUUAUUAUUGUUUGUAUUUCUUUUUUAUAUAUGUAUACAUACAUUAUACAUAAUGUUAAAUCAAUUGUAUUAUGAAAUAUACUUUGAUCUGAUUCCUUUUA